GUUGGAGUCACGCUUGGAAUGAUGAAUUCAGACAACAUGUGGAGCAUAUCAAGAACUCCCGGUCCAUACGAUAUGACGGGUAACAUCACUUCUGCAGCUGGGGCUCGUCUCUCCUUCGUGUUUGCCAUGCGUGGCCCAUGUAUUGCCAUGGACACAGCUUGCUCAUCGAGCCUAGUCGCGACUCAUAUCGCAGUCCGCAUGAUUGAAAACGAGGAGUGCGUUGACGCAUUAUCAAUGGGUAGUAACAUGAUCCUAACCCCACGCGGCGCAUUUUCCAUGUUUGCAAGCGCCGGGAUGCUGUCGACGCACGGCCGAUGUCACACGUUUGAUGCGCGGGCCAAUGGAUACUAG